AUGGUGAGCUUUUCUUGUCCAGCAGGUCCUCGGAGUUGUUGGGUGCUGCUGAAGCCAUGUGGAUUACUGUGGUGCUUGCUCUCUGUGGCCUCGCUGCGGCCGUGCCCUCGGAGGACAGGAAGCUGAGCGACAAGGCAACGACGCUGGCUGACCGCAGCACGACGCUGGCCUUCAACCUCUACCAUGCCAUGGCGAAAGACAAGAACAUGGAGAACAUCCUGCUGUCCCCCGUGGUCGUGGCAUCCUCCCUCGGCCUCGUGUCCCUCGGAGGCAAGGCCACAACUGCCUCCCAAGCCAAGGCAGUGCUCAGCGCAGACAAACUGAACGACGACUACAUGCACAGUGGGUUGUCCGAGCUCCUGAACGAGGUCAGCAACAGCACAGCCCGCAAUGUCACCUGGAAGAUCGGCAACCGCUUGUAUGGCCCUGCCUCCAUCAACUUCGCCGAUGACUUUGUGAAGAACAGCAAGAAACACUACAACUACGAGCACUCCAAGAUCAACUUCCGAGACAAGAGGAGCGCCCUGAAAUCCAUUAACGAGUGGGCAGCCCAGACCACGGAUGGGAAACUUCCAGAGGUCACGAAAGAUGUUGAGAAAACCGAUGGGGCCCUCAUUGUCAAUGCCAUGUUCUUCAAGCCUCACUGGGAUGAGAAGUUCCAUCAUAAGAUGGUGGACAACCGUGGCUUCAUGGUGACCCGUUCCUACACUGUGGGUGUUCCCAUGAUGCAUCGCACAGGUCUCUACAAUUACUAUGAUGAUGAGACAGAGAAGCUCCAGGUGGUAGAGAUGCCACUUGCUCACAAGCUCUCCAGCAUGAUCUUUAUCAUGCCAAACCACGUGGAGCCUCUGGAGAGGAUUGAGAAACUGCUGAACAGGGAGCAGCUAAAGGCCUGGGCUGGCAAGAUGAAGAAGAGAUCCGUGGCCAUCUCGCUGCCUAAAGUCGUCCUGGAAGUCAGCCACGACCUUCAGAAACACUUGGCUGAUCUGGGCCUGACAGAAGCCAUUGACAAAACCAAGGCUGAUUUGUCAAAGAUCUCUGGCAAGAAAGACCUUUACCUGUCCAACGUCUUCCACGCUGCUGCUCUUGAAUGGGACACGGAAGGGAACCCCUACGAUGCUGACAUCUACGGCCGAGAGGAGAUGAGGAACCCCAAGCUCUUCUAUGCUGACCACCCCUUCAUCUUCAUGAUCAAGGACACUAAAACCAACUCCAUUCUCUUCAUUGGCAGGCUCGUGAGGCCCAAAGGCGACAAGAUGCGUGAUGAGUUGUAGUUAGGUUGGUUUUUUGUUGUUGUUUUGUUUUUUUUUUUUUCCCAGAGCUUUGGUUUGUGUGUGUUUUUAGUGGGGGAUUUCAAAAAAGGGGAAACACUAUUUUGUAUCCUUCUCGAACUAUGGGUGCUAUUCAGACCAGGGUGCAUUGUGAUGAGAAACCAGCGUACACUUUACCUCACCCCAAAAUACUUAUUGCACAAACCCACCUCCAGAGAGGAACAGGGGAGCCUGGCACAAAAGAGGGUCACCGGGAGUGGAAGGGAACUGGCAUGCACUGCCUCAGCUAUCAGCAUCCUCAGCUCAUAUGUUCAGGCUGAUGCCUCACUCUUCCCUGCACUAGUUAAGCCUCCUGCUAAGUAAGUGCCUUGCUGCUACCAUCAGCCCUGCAAAGAAAAGCACAAGCUCUCCACCCUUCCAUCUCAAAUGCUUCUGCACGUUUAGCUUGGCCACUUUUCUCCCACUUUGAUGCUCUGUGGCAUCACACCUGAGCUGCUCUGGUUGCUUUGCAGUUGUUUCUUGCUUCUCUCUUCUCUCUCCAGUGGUAUCUAACAGAGCACAAAGGGCCAGUUCUGCAGUCCAGCCCCCUCUGUGGCUCUGGGAGCAGAGUAGGACUGUGACAGCACGUAAGAACAAAGAUUGUAUGGAGUUGUGCCCUCCUGUCCCACCUAACCCUGCUCUGGAUAACUGUUAGAUGCUUCAACCACAGCAGGUCACCAGCUCCUCAGCUACAACACUCACUAGAAAGCCAAGCGCAGCUUUGCUCAACACUUCAAAGAAAAGUAAGUGCCUUAGGGGUGUCGGCAGAGAGGCCAAAGAGCAGAUGGGCUUCUAGGAAGAUAAACCUGAGGUCCCUUAACACUCUGGUGUGACAGAAAUGGCUGUGCUCUACCCCUCUGGGGAGCAUGAAGGGGGCUCUCAGGCCAACAUCUGGAAUUACAACACCCUGUACCAGGCAAACAGAGGAAUUCCACUUCUCUCCGUGCUUCUGCAUCAGCACACAGGGCUGGGAAAGAGCUCCCACUGUGAAGGUUCUCCCAGUUAGGACCAGGGCUGGUCCCUAUCAGCUCCUGGAGCCACCCAAGGGACCCUUCCUGGUUUCAGACAGGGAUCAAAUUCACUUCUACUUUCUUUAAAUAAAAAGCUUUAAAGCUGCCAUUACCUGACUUCCUAAUGACCCUCUUCUGAAGCUCCUCUCCUCCAUGAUACUCUAGCUCCCCGUUGGCUGACCUGGAUAAGGGCACGCUGAAAACCAAAUGUAUUUAUAGUUAUACUCGUAUUUAUGUCUGAUAAUUAGCAAGUUUCACAGCCUGCUCCAGCCUACACUUGGAGGCUAUUCCUAUCUUCUCUUGAAGGGAUACCAUCAGGUUAAUACUGUUUAAAGAAGUAACCGAUAUGAUCCCAUGAGCAUUGAAGCAUGUGUCAGGUAAGCCUUGCUACGCACUGAGACACUGCAAAGCAAGUAGGGAUAACUGAAAUAGCCGAAAUCUCUGCACCGCAAUCUAAGCACCAGUUAUUUGAAAGCAGCGAGGGCAGUUGGCUGCAUUCUUUUUGGGUUUUAUUUCCCUGCCAAUGCGCUUCACUGUCAGGUUGCUACGCAGAAGCCCAAUGCUGCAUUUUCUCAGACCACACACAGGACUAUUUUCCACUUAUUUAUUAAGUUAGUACAGAGUCACUUAUUGGGGGUUUCCUACAGGCAAAACUACAGCAGUUUGUGCCCCCAAGUUUGACCUUACUGUGCCUUCUCCAGGUUUAUCAAGGCUACACAACUGCAGAGAAGCUCAUCUGCCCUAAUUCCUAUCCAAGCCAGCCGGAAUGGGAGAUUCUUGCCCUUCAGCCUCUUCCCAGAUCAUAUUCCCAGGUGCUUUCCCCAUUGUGUUGGGAGGUAGGAGGCAAUCCGCAAGGAUGUACCCAAAAAGCCUAAAGCCCAGGCUUAGCUAGGCACUACCCAGUGAUCAGCGCACUGAAACCCACACGCUGUAGCACACGAUGGAGGAGAGGGGGGUGGGUAAAAGGGGUGGGCAAGGCAAGAACACACUGUGGGAUCUUGUGAAUAAUUUGCAUCAUCUGGAUGCAGGCGUCUGAUGGCUUUUAUUGUCUGUUCUCGUACCACACAAUGACAGUUGUAUAAUUUUGCAAUAAAACUUUUUUCAGUGAA